GAUCUCGUAUAACGUAAGACCGCGUCAAACCUUUACGAGUGAGUCCAGGUUCAUUCCAUUAGAGCUCAAUGUAUUUUUCUCCUUUUCACUGAUAGAAAAACACCCAUGAAUUGCUUUUUUCAUUUCAAACACAAACUUCAUUCUCUCUUUGAACCACAAACAAUGGCUUCAACAAAGAAGAGAACUAUUAUUUCAGCAAUGGUUUCCGCUGAUAAGAAGCUCGAGAAGGAGCUUCUAGAAGCUGGAAACAAGCUCUUGAAUCCUCCUUCUUCCGUCGAUAACCUGCUUCGUCUUCUAGGCCAAGUUGGAAAGAGCUUAUCAAAGGUUGAACAAUCACCUUCUAAGUCCAUUCAAAAAGCACUCUCUCCAUCAUUGAAAGCAUUGAUUUCUGAUAAACUUAUAAAGCAUUCAGAUGUUGGUGUCAAAGUUGCCCUUGCCUCCUGCUUGAGUGAGUUAACAAGAAUCACUGCACCUGAUGGUCCUUACAAUGAUCACCAAAUGAAGGAGGUCUUGAGAUUAAUUGUAUCUUCUUUUGAAAAUCUACAUGAUAUGUCAAGCCGUUGGUAUGAAACAAGGAUUUCAAUCCUUGAAACAGUUGCAAAAGUCAGGUUAUGUGUGGUAAUGCUGGAUCUUGAAUGUGAUGCCCUCAUUUUGGAGAUGUUUCGGCUUUUCUUGAAGACAAUAAGAGAAUAUCAUCCAGAAAUUGUUUUCUCGUCCAUGGAAGCCAUAAUGGCCCGUGUUAUUGAGGAAAGUGACGAUAUAUCUCUCGGCUUACUCUAUCCAAUCUUAGAUUGUGUAAAGAAAGACAAUAAGGUGGUUUCGCCAAUUGCUCGAAAGUUGGGAAAAAGUGUUCUUCAAAAGUGUGCAACAAAGCUUAUAAUACCUAUUUGCGGCAUGCUGUGAAUAUGUUGGGUACUAUGGUUGAUGUUCUUGACUCAAUAAUCAUGCAGUGAACUUUGGUGCAAAUGAUGCAUCAAUCAUGUGGGAAAUUUCGGUGCUUUUGGUUAAGAAUUUUUUGUGCCAAAUUAGUUGUUUAUCUUUAAAAAUAUUUUCUAGUUAAGACCAAACUUCAUAUAUGUAUGUUUGUUUAUAGAUA